ACUGCACUGGCUGCGAAGAAGACGAGAGGUUUGGCGCCCGAUCUGGGGGCUUUGCUCUUGUAGAUUAAUCUGCACCGAAGUGUGCUGGAGGCGACGGUGUCCCUAUUCCCGCGCUCGAGGAGGGAGGUGUCAGUGAGCCGCCGGCGGGAAUGCUACUCGUGCAGGAACAGCCGCAGCAACCCGGCUUCAGAUCCGCACCACCGUGGCUGCAGCAGCGGCAGAGCGAAGGGCGAACCGGGGACUUUAUCAUGUGGUAGCAAGAGUAAAAAUUACCAGAUUUUCAGAAAUCUCUGAGGUUUGACUAUGCUGAACGAUUAACUCAACGAUGGCUUUGAAUGAAGACCUACUGCAUAUUCAGGAAUACUAGUCAAGCUGUAAUGGACCUCAGAAGUCAAUAAAAUGAUCCGAUUAUUUUGUGAAUAUGAAGCAGAGAAUCUUCUUAUGAAGACAAGCUGUUUGACUUAAAUGCACUGAUCAGUUUCUCUCGGGUGAUCUGCCUGUAUCUGUCUGCCCUUUGCAAAGAUGUGCCUUUGAGAUCCACAGCACACACCCCUGUAUACAUUAUAAAAUAAUCCAACUGAAGAAGCAUGUCUAAAAACUUGGAGAUAAUCAAUUUGUCAUUUUUAUUGGAACAUGAAAAGGAAAUUAUAUUGGGAGUUCUGAAGAGAGAUGAGUACUUGAAAAAAAUUGAAGAUAAGAGAAUCAGGAAAUUAAAGAAUGAGUUAUUGGAAGUAAAACGGAAAGGUGGACGGCAUCGCCAACAGGACAACAGUAGGAUUUGCGUUCGCUGUCAAAAAAAUCUGGGCUUAAUCUUUGAUAGAGGGGACCAGUGUCAAACAUGCGGACUCAGAGUUUGCAACAAAUGUCGUGUUGUAGCAAUUGAUGGCAACUGGAAAUGCACUGUAUGUGCUAAGAUUGCACAGCUUCGGAUAGUAACUGGUGAAUGGUUUUUUGAAGAGAGAGCAAAGCGCUUCAAACAGUCCAACCUCCUUGGGGCUGAUGUUGUUAGAAAGUCCCUCAUACGCAGAAGCCCUGAGUCUUCCUCUGAUCUGACACCUGGAGGAAAACCCAAAGAUCAGUCACAGGCAAGCACUGAGGAUACUUCAAAGCAAGACACAGCAGCCUCCUUUUCAAGUGGGAUGAAAUCAGUCAUCAGUGGGCCCAAGAAAAUUGGUACGAGGGUCCUAAGGGCAGUAACCAAAGGGGAACUUGUAAAUCUGAAGGCAGAAGAUGGAAGAAGCAUUCGGUCAGACACAGAUAUCCAGAGUAUACAUAGCACUGACAGGGAGAGUGUCUAUUCACUGAAUAUGGAGGACAUACCUAGUACCCUGAAAGGGGCAGUGGAUACACUAAACCAAAGCAAUGCCUCUACUCCAGUCCGCUCCAGGUCACCAGCUCUGAGCACACGCAGCCUGACUGCAGAUUACAGCAGGGAUCCUAGAUUCGAGAAUGGUAUGUCGAUGCCUGCAAGUGAAAGUAUCCCUGUAGACUUAGCCAAAAGACAUCGUAGAGGAUCUUCUGGAACACACUCGAUAGCAGCAUCCAGGACUUCCCUAUCAUCUGAUCGUAGCCGAUCAGAGAGAGAUCUCAGUGGAUCCUUUUCCGAAUGCAAUGAAGAUACUUUGAGCUUAAGGAGUAAAUCUGUACCUGGAGCAUUAGACCAGGAGCUGCAAAGGCAGAAGAAGAUAUGUGAUGACGUUGUGGCCUCCUGAAAAUUUCCACCACAAAGAACAGACUCAAAAUUAGCCAGUGGAUUGUCAGUGAAUUCUCCUUCAAGUUCUAACAGGAAAUGGAGCUACUUAAAUGUUCCAGAAACAGAUGGUGAUACUACUAGCAUUAAUAGUAUGACAAGUGUUUACAGCGAAACUGGAGACUAUGGAAAUGUGAGGAUCAGUGGCGAAAUAUGUCUCCAAAUCAGUUACAGCUACAAAACAGGAGCCCUUACCAUCCUAGUAAAAAGCUGCAAAAACUUAGCCAUAGCAGAUGAAAAGAAGCAAAGAACAGAUUCCUAUGUCAAAUCAUACCUACUACCAGAUAAAUCUCGCCAAAGUAAACGGAAGACAAAAAUCAAAAGCAACAGCAUCAAUCCAGAGUUCAAUGAAACCCUGAAGUAUGUCAUCAGCCAUACACAGCUUGAAACUCGGACCCUACAGCUUUCUGUGUGGCAUUAUGACCGAUUUGGCCAUAACAGCUUUCUUGGAGAAGUGGAGAUACCUUUGGAUUCCUGGAACUUUGAGAACCAGGCAGAUGAAUGGUUUGUCCUUCAGCCCAAGGUGGAAAUUGCAGCUGAUAUUGGUCUUCACUAUAAAGGAGAGUUAAUAAUUGCCUUACGGUACAUUCCACCUGAGAGAAACCUAACACUUCCCCUAGGAGAGAUUCAAGGAAAGAAGAGCUCUAAGAAAGGAAAGAAGGUUAACCCUCAAGUACCAUUAGGAGGCAUUUUAGAAGUUGUCAUUAAGGAAGCCAAGAAUUUAACAGCUGUGAAGUCAGGAGGCACUUCAGACACUUUUGUGAAAGGGUACCUGCUACCAGACAACAAUAAAGUAUCAAAACAUAAAACUCCUGUGAUUAAAAAAAGUGUGAAUCCCCACUGGAACCACACCUUUACUUUCAGUGGUUUGAAUCCCAGAGAUAUACACAAUGUCUGUGUAGAACUGACAGUCUGGGACAAAGAAUCCCUUGCCAGCAAUAUCUUCUUGGGAGGCAUUCGUCUGAGCACUGGAAGUGGUUUAAGCAAUGGCAAGGAAGUUGACUGGAUGGAUUCUCAUGGGGAAGAGCAGCUUCUUUGGCAAAAGAUGAUUGACAGCUCUGGAGAUUUUGUGGAAGGCACACUGAUGCUGAGAUCCAGCAUGGGAAAACGUAGGCUCUAGGAGUACUGUUUGUACAAGAAUGACUUCAAAUGCAUUACUGGUAUGAUUAAAGUAUAAUAGGGAGGUGUCUAUCCUGCUCUGGAGCUACUUCUGUUAUAGUUUGCACAUGUGACAAUGGAGAAGACAGUCUGCUCCAGUUUAGACUUUACAUUUCCUGGAAUGGAUUAUAAAUUCAUUCUGCACUUUCCUACAUCUGCAUUCUUACCACUCCUGAAACGCCAAUGUAGUUAGUGAAUAUUAACUUUAAACUUAUCUCCACUGGAUGCAAUUAAAGCACAACGUUUGCUAACCUUUUUUUUAAAAAAAGUAUUGUCAUAGAAAAGCAGUGAUAAACAAGCCCAAACAUCUGAGUGGUAACUGUACAGGCUCAAUUCAAUUCAAGCACUUUUUGAAGAAACUGAAUAAUUGGAAUGAGGAACGGAAGACUCAGGUUAUAAGCAAACUGCAAAAAAUAAUUACUUUCGUCUACUUCCCGCUAUCAACUCAGAUGCUUAUUUCCAUGAAUGGUUCCCUAUAGUAGGUUUGGUAAUAAAGCAUGUCAAGGAUCUCUACUUCCCAAUCGGAAAAAUAAACAGCUGUGUGGGAGCUUUAGACCAUCAAAUAUUAAUGCCAUGUAAGGGACAAGAGUCUCAUAAAUCUCAAGUGCACCCUUUUGUUAUUUCAGCACUUCAUGUAAAAGUCAAGGUUUGAAGUUCCAAGCAAUGAGGGCAUCUAGUUGGGAAAAAACUUCAGGAUAUAGUAGUCAUUAUGUUAUAGAGCUUUCUUAAGGUAGUUCAUUCCACUACUUGAAGAUACCAUCUGAGCAAGACAAUCAAUUUUCUUCACAUGUGGUGGAACUGGAAGCAGAUCAUCUUCUCUAAAUUAGACUAACUGGUGCUGAGGAUGAAGAUUCUACGACGACAUGAAAGUGCUAAACUGUAGUAAUAGUUUGGAUUUCUCCUAAUAUUUAAUCUAAAUCUAUUUCCCUGCAGUGGAUGUAAGAAUUUGUGGGAUUGAAGAGUUGUCCCCACACGCAUAAACAGAAGCCUCCAGCUCUUCUUUUAAAUUGUUGAAAACUAAUGAUACAUGGAGAGGAUAUGGAAUGGUAUAAUACAGCCUGAUCUUCUAAGCUGGGUCAGUACUUGGAAAGGAGACUUCCAAGGACUACUCUGCAGAGGAAGGCAAGGACAAACCACCUGUGCUUAAUCACUUGCCUUGAAGGCCCCACAAGGGUUAAUAUAAGUUUCCUGCGACUUGACAGCACUUUACAUACUCCCAAGUAAUUUCAGCAUUUGUUACCACUCUCAUCCCUUUUCUUAGUCAUUCUUUUCAAUAAAGAGAAGCACAUUUCUGCACUUGAAGCUGAGAGUUGAGACAUGAAAAUCUGAAAUACAGCCUUGUUGAACCUGGCAUCGUUUUCAUGUAAACCUGAGGUUCAGUCAAGAAGGAGCAGGUUUAAUGGAUUUAUCCUGUUUGUCAUGCUGCUGCUACUUGGCUUUAGGUUUCAAAAGAUACACUUGCACUGAAAACUUGCCCAAUGAUACAAAAUACAUUUGAAGCACAAGACAUGAGUGGGUUUUUUUGUCACUACAUAAUGAUAAAAUCAACACUUUUAGCUAGUCUUGGAAUCUUUGGCCCCUUCCGCACAGGCAGAAUAAUGCAUUUUCACACCACUUUCACAACUGUUUGCAAGUGGAUUUUGCUAUUCAAAGAGCACUGAAAGCAGUUUGAAAGUGCAUUAUUCUGCAUGUGCGGAAGGAGCCCCAGAGACAACUGUGUGUGAGUCUGCUCUAGAUAUUUAUUAACAGCAGCAGGUACCUGAAUGCAAUCCUAAAAUAUGAACCAGGUGCAUUUUUUCAACUGUAGCAUGCCUUGAAUAGUCCAUUUUCAGAGCUCUAUCAAACUAUUUUUAAAAUAUAUCUGAAAAUAAUUUAAAAUAUUAUGAAGCGAUAAAAUCAUUGCCAAAAUAUUAAGAAUUAAAAACUAGAUAUAAAUGCAGAUAUUCAUGAUGAAACAAUUGUUAUAGAAAAUCAGGUUGAAUGAAACCAUAUAAGUGGGCAUGAUUAUUAUUCAGUAUUCUGUAGAAUUUACUCAGUUGUAAAUAUAUAUAUAUUGUUGUUUUAUGUGUACGUAUUGGAUUAUCUGCAACCAUAAAUUAAGCAGUAACUCAGCUAAAAAUAUAGAUUUUCAAUUGCUGUAUUUGACUAAAUGAAGGUUUAUAUUUUAGUAACUAAAACGGCAAAAGCCUUUGGCUUUAUUGGACUGAAUGUACACAAGAAUGAUCUGUUUGAUAGAUAACAAGGCUGAAAUGCAGCAUAUGAAUCAGAUCUCAUUUAAGAUGUAAUUGCUUUGUGGGAAAUUGAUGGAUGGAAUAAACAAGAGCAGUGAUUCAGAAACAGAAUUUUGAUGGUAGCUUGGGUCCAUUUCACUGUACAAAAUUUCAUUUUCUUUAUUACAUUAGUGCCCUGCAUUUCUUGUCAUAAAAUGGCCUUGACACUUAAUGGAAAGCUACCCAAAAGGCUAGUUAUUAUGGAUACUGUGUGGAUGUAUGUUUGCAGUAACAAUAUAUGUGGAAAUUUGUUUGCUUUAUCCUGCGUGAAAUAUAUGUGAGGUAGAUGACGCUUUAAAGCAGUUGUAUCCCCCACCCACCCCGAAAAAUUAUUCCAACUGGUUUGUUUGGGAUUGUGAAUCAUGAUCUACUGCAUACUCAUUUGACUAAAUAGGAUAAGGUCAGGUCCAAAAAACCUUCAUGUUUCUUAUUCAAGACUGAAAUGUACUCAAAGAUGAGUUAACUGGCUAAACUGUAAUUCAUACAGACAGGAGCAAAGUAGAACCAAACGAUGGAAAUAUCUGAAACAUUCAUAUACCUACUUAUUGCUACGUAACCAGAUUACAGCAUAUUUAAAUAAUGAUCUAAGCACCAGAUGCUAAACCAAAAUACCAACUGGCAUUUAACCACAAAGGUUUAAUUUUACCUGUUUAUAGAUUUAUCAUCUAUAAGUUAUAAAAUAUGUUAUAUUUUAAGUUAUAAGACACCAAUCUACUAACACAUUUUAAAAUUUGGGAGCAUUGUAACGUGAUCUGAAAAUUGACCGACACUCAAACAGCCCCUUGGAACAAAUCUGGUGAACAGAAAAAUUAUAUCUUGUCUCCUUUUCUACUUAUUUCUGUUGCAAUGCUGUAGAUACUUGAUAUACAAAAGGGGAGAUCCUAUUAAUUCCAACAGUUAAGCUCUAAGUGACAGUGACUUCUACAACACUUGGCCCAACUGUUGAGUCAUAUUCAGUUGCCUUGGGGAUGCUGUUUUGUGACUGUCAAGUGUAAUGGGCUUUUCACCUGUUACAAAAAUGGAUUUGUUUUCUUCCUUCACUUAAUUUUUCAUUUUAGAGGUUGACUAGCACAGUUCAUUAGUGGCAAUAAAAUUACAUGAACUGCAUGCUUUAAUAACUGUUCUAGGAAAUUUAACUGGUUUGUCUUCAGAUGACUGGAGCAGCAGAUUAAAAUACUUGUGUAAUUGACUGAUAUUUUUAUCAGCAAAUAUGCUUUGCUGCAUUUGUUAACAAUAAUUAGAUGUCCUAUUAUAUUUAUUCCAGUUCGAAGUUAUUUGUUAUGACCGUCUCAUUUGGAACAUGUAUGCUGGGCAUGAACACUAUCAAAUGAUAGGUCUAUGUUAUCCUCUGUCAAAAAAAUCACCUUUUCCUACUCAAGAUUGUUACAGUGGGGUUUUUUUCUUCUGUAUUGGUAUUUGUGGAUUGUGGGAGAAGGCUAUUUGUAAUUAUUGUACAGUUAAGUCUUAUAUUUUGUGUACAAUUAAAAUAUUUAGCCAUGUUACAAGUUUAAA